UGACCUGACGUCACGGGUCAAAGGUCAGCCAAUCAGAUGAGCGGAAGUAGAACGUUGCGGUAAUCCGGUUCAGACAUGACAAGUGCGGCCGACUGAAGCUGAGCUCGACUCCCGGUGCUCUGGUGAACCUGACCCCCCGCAUCGUCCUGCCGCCGAGUCGGACCCGUGUGCUGUCUGCCAUGGUGGACUGAGAGCUGCGAGACCGAGAACCGUGACCGUCGGAGGGGAAGUGGAGCUUCUUUGUGAGCGAGUUUGCUCCCUGGGCUGGCGGUGAUGUUGUGCACGGGGCUGCCGGAGCAGCAGCAGCAGCAGCAGCGAGGAGCCUGACGCAUCCCCACCGUAGGCCGCCGGGACGAGCCCUUACCCUCAAAUGAGCCCGGAGGGUAAAGACCACCGAGUGGGAGCCUGGGAAGUCCCCAGAAACUUGUGCUAAUAACCGGCCACUUGGAUACAGCGAGAGCCCGCUCCUCCACACUGCCUCACCGAUUCCUGCUGAGAGGGAGACCCACAGCUUUCACGGUGGAAACGAGAAGGAGAGCGAAGAUGAAUGCUGUGCGGGGGGGCACAGUCACCUGGCGUCCCCAGCCGUGGCAGGACGGGGACGGGGGUGGAGGGGAGCCUCUGUCCGACAGCGACUCAGAGGAGGAGGACUUCCCUGAUGACAGCACCACCCCGCUGGGCGACUACAUCACACAUGGACUGAAGCAGCUCCUGGACGCUCAGCAGCUGUGUGAUGUUACUCUGAUUGUUGAGGGGAAGAAGUUCAUGUGUCACAGAGUCCUCUUAGCAGCUGUGAGCCCCUACUUCAGGGCCAUGUUCACCAGUCCCCUGGUGGAGUCUCGCCUCACAGAGAUCCGUCUGGAGGAAGUGACGCCGUCUGUCAUGGAGACCGUCAUCCAGUUUGUGUACACUGGUGAGGCAGGGCUCUCUCUGGACACAGCUGAGGAUCUGUUUGUGGCCGCCAAUCGGCUGCAGGUCAUGCCUCUUCAGGACCUGUGCUCCAGGUUUCUAUUUGAGCACCUCUCAGUAGAUAACUGUCUGGGUAUGUACUCUCUGGCUCGCUCUCACCACGACCAGCUGCUGCUGCGUGCCUCCCUGCGGCUAGUAGCCCAGCACUUUCCGCGGGUGGCCCGGCAGAAAGACUUCCUGCUACUUGACCACGGCACCUUAGGCAGCCUACUGAGUUCAGACCGCUUGGGAGUCGACUCGGAGGCCGAGGUCUACGAUGCUGCACGCCGCUGGGCAGAGCAUCAGCCCUUGGACAGGUACACCCACAUGCCUGCUCUGCUUCACCACCUGCGGCCUGGGCUGCUUUCCCAGGAAGAGAGCCGAAGACUGUGCCAGGAGUUGGGGCCUGCCGCAGCUGGUGAAGGCCUCGGGGGGCCUCUGAGACCACGGGAGGGAAUGUUUGAGAAGAAGAUCGUCUGUGUGGACCUGACGCCUCGGGAGGACGAGAAUUUAGCUGCGAGGGACUACACAGUUGACUGCUUUGAUCCUCGGACAGGAAAGUGGGAAAAGUUAGCAGCGCUGGGCUCUCUUGUCAGCCCUGGCUGCACUGCAGUAGGUGACAGGCUGUUUGUAGCUGGUGGGAUCCUUCGGACAGGCUCUGUGUCAGCAGCAGUACACGAAUAUGAUGCAGUGUUGGACCACUGGAUAGAGCGGCCUUCGAUGGUCCAGCCCAGGGCCAUGCUCGGCCUGCUGGGCUGUGGGGAGUCACUCUAUGCCUUAGGUGGCAGUAACCGCUCCGCCCUGCUGGACUCCAGCGAGACCCUGGAGCUUUCAACACUACAGUGGGCUCCGGGGCCUCGGUUACCUCUCCCGCUGCGUGCCUUUGCCUGCGCAGCCCUUCGUGGACGACUGUACCUUCUGGGUGGAACCACACUCGAACAGAACCGAGCUGUGGUCCACUCUGGCGUGCUCAUUUAUCACACUCUAACCGACUGCUGGACACGUGUGGCACUGGACUCCGGCGCCACCUGCCUUGCUGGAGGAGUAGCCGUGCGAGGAGGGGUCUGUGCUAUCGGGGGAUACAUGCGGGAUACCACCAAGUUCCUUGAUGGAAACUACACUAAUCUGGAGACUUUAGACGCCACUGGUCGUGUUCUGUUUUUCAGAGAGGGCAGGGGCUCUGGCGUAGAGAGGGAGGUGACAGGGGGAGGGGUGAUGGUGACUGCUGAGCAGCGUGGGGCUGCAGGCGGUGGAAGCGACCGAGCCCCAAGCCCUGUGGUAUUUCCUGGGCUGCCUCGGCGGAUAGCAGCCGGGGGUGUGGCCAGGUGGAAAAGGAGGAUUUAUGUGCUGGGUGGGGAAAACGGCUCACGGUUCUAUGACAGUGUGUACUGCUGGAAGCCCGGUUGGCGCAGCUGGGUCCAGAGACGUGAAAAGCUUCCCGGGGAUACUGGAGGAGUGAGCCAGUUUGGGUGUACCACUCUAAAAUUCCCUAAGAAACACAUCCUGUCCAGACUGAGACUAGCCAAAGAAAACUGCAAGAAGGCUGCUGACUAGCUUGACUGGGCCCAUUCUGACUGAAGUCAAGGCAGCCAUUCAUGCGACACAUAGAUGAGGUCCAGGCUGUGUUCUUGAUUAGCUCCUCCUUGACCCCGUGAUAUGAGAUGAAGUCAUGAGGAAGAAACCAUUUUAUACAGUUGGCACGCAGCCACAGAGCUGGGUGUUAGUGGACUGGAUGCAGACAGAUCUUGUGAAAUUGAAUACGGAUCGUCAAAUGUACAGGCAGAGAGAAGUGGAGCCAGUAACAGGUUUAAAAGAACAGACAACACGCACCUGAAUGUAACUUAAACCACUCGCUGUCAGAACAGUCAAGUCCUCAGAGAGAGAACGGGGCCUUUGAAUUGUAUUCUCACAUUUUAAUGUUUUUUGUUGGUGAAUCCUUUCAAUGCUGGUUUUUAAAGCUGUUCAGACACAGACAAGGAACGUAAAGGUACAGUGUGUAGAAUUUAGUGACAUCUAGUGUUGAAAUUGCAUGUUGCAGCCGAACACCCCUCACCCCAGUCUGGACUAAUGUAAAAAACAUGGCUGCGUCCGUAGAGAGGACACCCGUCAAUGUAAAUAUAAAGUAUUUAAAUAUAAAGGGCCUUUUCUUGGGUAAAGAAAACUACAA